AUGGCUUCCUCCUCCGGGGUAGGGUCGUAUUCGAACCCCCUGAAAAAGUUCAAGUUGGUAUUUCUGGGCGAACAAAGUGUUGGAAAAACUUCUUUGAUUACCCGUUUCAUGUACGACUCAUUCGACAACACAUACCAGGCCACAAUUGGCAUCGACUUUUUGUCCAAGACUAUGUACCUUGAAGACCGCACCGUUCGCCUACAGCUGUGGGAUACCGCCGGCCAGGAGCGAUUCCGUUCGCUGAUCCCCUCUUAUAUCCGAGACUCGAGUGUUGCCGUUGUGGUCUAUGAUAUUUCGAACGCCAAGUCCUUCCAGAACACCCGGAAAUGGAUCGAUGAUGUGCGCGGAGAGCGUGGCAACGAUGUGAUCAUUGUGCUGGUGGGUAACAAGACCGACUUGAACGAUAAGCGCGAAGUCACCACGGCGCAGGGUGAGGAGGAAGCCAAGAAGAACGGAUUGAUGUUCAUCGAAACCAGCGCCAAGGUGGGACACAAUGUGAAGCAACUGUUCCGCAGAAUCGCCCAGGCUCUGCCCGGUAUGGAGGGCGAGGCCAAGCAGGGGGAGAACACGAUGAUCGAUGUGAACAUUAGCCCCAAGGAGACGACCAACAACGAUGGCUGUGCCUGCUAA